AUGUCCCAGCUGUCCAGACUAUCUGGCCUCAAGACGCCGAAGACCGAACCCCGACCUGAUCGGGGCGAGAUGCAUCCCCAACUGCUCCAUCAAACCACAGCCAAAGAACCCGAUUCUGGCCUCAAGCUGGGAUUUGUUGAUCCACCUCCACAUCCUCCCCAUACCGUCGCAAGCGCUCAAAAUACCCCUUCGAGAACCCGCACUAGCAAUACGAAACUAAGCUCCACAACUUUCGACUUCAACUUUGGUUCCGAGUCGGCCCUGAGCAACGAGGCGCAGAAGAUGAUGGAUUCCGUCCGGGAGGAGACGGCGCGAAUCAAGGCCCAGAUGCAGGCGGAGAAAGAAGCUCAGAAAUACAAAGACUGUGAAGCAGAGGCUAUCUUUGAUGGCAUCAACGCAGCUGGAAGAAAGAUUGCGAAGCCCAAGGGCAAGGCAGGCCGGUUCAGCGAUAUACACAUGGCGCAGUUCAAGAAGAUGGACUCGAUAGCCAACCAUCCAUCGGCCUUCCGAUCGAAGCGACCGGGAUUUGCACAACCUACCACUCAGUCGCUUAAGAGAAGUGGUUCAAAGGCUGGUCUCGACGAAGUUGAUCGACCCCGAACUGCCGGAAAGGGUACUCCAGGUCGCAAGCCUCCACCAUUCCUUGGUCGUCCGACCUCAGUCAGCCCCUUCAAAUCUGUUCCGCAACAGCCUGAUCGCGCAGAGGAGCCCGCCCAGGUCAAGCGCGCCCGCCACUCUGAGCUUCACGAUGUCUCCGCCAGCCGAGCGUCAGAGCGUGCACAUACAGCCCGUCCGGUAAACCACCCGACUUCAGUUUCAAGCCACUUGUUGUCCCCUACCAAAGCAUCUUUGGCCAGAGCUGCAAACAGUCAAAUUCCAGUUGCCUCUCCGAAGAAGACACCUGGGCUCACGCGGACCACUUCGAUGAAGUCACUGCGAGCGACACUGGCGGCGCCCAGCGCGAGACCGUCUACAUCCCAUGGAGCUGCCAGCAAUCAGACAUCAACCAAGAUCCCUCAGUUUCAACUGUCACUUGAACGGCCUCUUCCACCUUUACCGAACGAAAUUUGCUCCUCCCCGCAGCUGGCGCUCGAAGAGCCGUCCAAGUCCAUCCCUUCUCUUCCCGCUCCAACUAGUAGCUCAAGUUUCGCGUCGAGGCUGCCGAAGCUCUCGGGUCUGAAGUCGAUCCUUCGCUCACCUCGGAAGAGUGACAAUCCGACGUUGACGAAGAAAGCCUCAGCAACUCCCAAGCGUCCCUCCACCGCUACCGCCACAUCAGCCACUGGAUCAACCAAGAGAGUCGACUUCACUCCAAGUGUCAAAUCUAGGUACGCUGUUAAGCUCGCUGCUGGAAGUCCUAGCCCAGCAAAACUACCACAACAACUCACACCAGGACACGCACUGGCACCGGCUAUUCCAUACGACGCAGCCGCAUACACCAUCGACGACGAGGAUGGAUGGGAAGAUGCCGAAGAUGCUUCAAGUGAGAUCGAGUAUCCGGUGCUCUCCGCAACAUCAUCGAGCCCGGGUGGCCCCGUGAAGGUCGACAAGUCGUUCAUCAACAAGGCAAAGGAACAUACUCGUCGGGAGUCGAAAGAGUUCAAGUCCAUCUUCACGACGCUACAUCACCCAUCUCGCACGAGCGCUGCCUCGACAUUGACGUCCAUUGACACCACUGUCCACAAGAACCAUUCUCCUGCUCACGCCAACAAAGUCAUGAGAUCACCCAGCUACAUCAACUUCUCCAACCCUUCGCCUUCGACUAUCCGUCGCGUCCGCACCUCAGGUGUCACCUCAGUUGUACAACCCUUCGAGGAUACAGACGUCAAGACUAUGCCCCACGGCCUGCCUGGGAAGAAGCGUCGACGAGCAUCAGAAGACCAGGAGGACACAGACGGAGAAAGCGGCAAGGAAAACCGGCGCACCUCGUUCAUGCCAAGUGUGCCGGGCGGAUGGCGUGACAGCAUGCAUGAUGACGACGAGGAACAAGACGAGGGCGGGAAGCGCGGCGGCAAGCGUUUGCGGACGGCACCCUCGCAUGAGAAGAUAUCCGACGUAGCUGCAGACACGACUAGUCCAGUCAAGAAGCCCCGACAAAGUUCCGCGCGAGAACUUGCCAAGCAAAGUGCAAAGGAGCGCAAAGGCGGUCGACUCAUGAGUCUCAGCCGACUCAACUUCCUAAGUCAGCCUAAGCAGAGAGGUUGA